AACACCCACUCUCCUCUUCGAGAGCCUGGCGAGCCCUCGGCACUGCAGGAAGCAGGGCGACCAGCACCAACUGCGCGGUUCUUACUGCCAAUUCAGGGGGCAGGGCAGCUUUAUAAUAACGACCACAACGUCCCUGUCGCCACCUCUGUCACCCGGGCAGUAAGGGCGCGUCGAGAGCCCCACAGCGAAGGGCGACAGAAGGCCCUGCUCAUCAGCCUCGUGAGGGGAAGCAGGAAAAGGAAGAAGAUUGAAGCCCAGGGGCUAAGAGCGAGCCCGAAAAAUUGGCCACCAUCCCACCGUCCCUAGGGCAAACGUUCUGAAUUCCGACCGACCGUUACUCGCGGCGUAACGAAAGCUUCGCGAAGCCGCCGGGAGAGUGCUUGAACGAUCAUGAAUCAGGCAGAUAAAAAUCAAGAACUCCCAUCAUACCUUAGUGAUGAACCACCAGAAGGUUCAAUGAAAGAUCACCCACAGCAGCAACCAGGCAUGUUGUCCCGCGUGACUGGUGGUAUCUUCAGUGUUACAAAGGGAGCUGUUGGUGCCACCAUUGGUGGUGUGGCUUGGAUUGGUGGGAAGAGUCUGGAGGUGACCAAAACAGCUGUUACAACUGUGCCUUCCAUGGGAAUAGGGUUGGUGAAAGGGGGCGUGUCUGCUGUGGCUGGAGGUGUUACAGCUGUUGGGUCUGCUGUUGUAAACAAAGUGCCCUUAACAGGAAAGAAGAAAGACAAAUCUGACUAAAAUAUGGAGAUACACUCGCUCUCCACAGCAUUAUGAUGCCAGUGGCAUUGAAUUGCUAAAUUACGGACUACAACCAAGUCACCUGUUUGGAUGUUUAUCUUCUAAACUGCUGUGUUGAAAGUAUUGAUGACUGGCUUUUGUCUAAAAAGAAGAGACCAAUACUAGCACAGUGUAUGAAGGUUUCUCAUACUUAAAUUCCAGCUUUUUAUCUGGUAAAAUGUUACACUUACUCAGUUGUAACUGAAGAUAUGGUAUAUUUGAUAUUUACUAUAAGUCUUUCAGUUUAACUAAAAAAUGUGAAAGUUGAAUUUAGUUGAUUAUCUUUACAGUUCCAUAUGUAUAAUGUGCCAGGUAACUCAUUUGCCCCUUAAGAAGGGAACCUUGGACUACAUAAACUGUACCUUUGAUGUGCCUGAUAGUUUCAGAUGUCUUAGUUUUUUUUUAUAACCAUAGUUGAUUAGGCCAAGAGGCAUUCUUUUCUUAUUUAAGCUGGUAAGAGUAGCAGGAAUUAGAGAAAUUUAAAAGAGAUAAAUGGUUUUAUGAUACUGAGUGUUAACCAUCUUUUGUUAGAUAUGCAUUACAUUAAUUUAAUCAUUGAUGCCUUCUGAAACAUCUUUUCUAAUACCCUAAACAUGUGCAGUUCUUAGAACUCUAUAUGGAUUCUUUUAAAAAUUGUGAAAUUAGUUUUCCCUCUUAAGAAUCUCAGGAGUAGUGGGGUAAAGGCAUUUCUUGCUCUAGGCAGGUAAGGUAGUGCUUGCUAGCGUUUUGUUAACUGUCAGUGUAGUUACCAGCCAAACAUUAUGCUUCAGCCUGGUUUCAUGCUCCAUCUUGAAUACACCUCACAGUGCCUAAGGAACAUUUCUUUGCGGUCAUAAGCUAUUUUGGAAGUUUCAUAUUAAGGAGGAACAAAUAAUUUUAAAUACUUAAGAAUCACCUAAAGCAUCCAAGAUAUAAAAAAUCUUCACACCAAUUUUAUCUUUAGGAUGGCUUACAACGUUAACAGUAACUCUUUUUAAAAAACACAAUAAAAGCAGCCACAGAUAUUUGGGAGCUGACUUUUAAAUUGAAUGAAAUGGGCUCCAUAGAUUAGUUUUGAAUGUAAAAUAUAUAUAUAAGUGCAGUCAGUGGUUUAUAGGCUUUUAAUAUGUUAUCUUAGUCCUUUGAAGAAAUCAUGGACUUUGUACAUACCAUUUCCAAGUCAACCUCAAGCAGGGAAUUGAAGUUUUUGAUUGUGGAUGGUAAGUGUGUCAUGUCUUAACGGGUCUCAUCAUAUCUCAUUCAUUUUCAAAGAAUAUGACCUAGCUGGAAUUCAUCUUUUUAUUUCAUAUUCAGUUUCAUAAAAAUUUUAAAAGUGGUACAUAUAUUUGGCAUUCCUCUUAACUAAGGGUUAUAAUCCAAGCUUGAAAAAUCUUAGUUUUCUUUAUACUUAAGUCUGGAAAUUUGCCUCCCAUUUUGCAGAAUGGGGGGUGUGUGUGUGUGUGUGUGUGUGUGUGUGUGUAUGUGAGGGAGGGAAGGAAAGGAGGUGAUGCUCUGGAGUAAAUAAGUCAGAAUACAUCCUUGAGAACUUAAAACAGAUCACUCCAACACCCAAGGCUUAAAUGUUUGUUUCUAAACCACUAAGAGUGUUACAUUAAUGUGGAACAACAAAUGGAUAAGAACAUAACUUUUAAAAGCUUUCAUAAACACCAGUAGGGAUUCUAAGCAAACCUACAAAGGUUCUUGAACUGCUAUAUACAAAACUGAAAAGUUGUUGAGUUCAUCAGAAAUUAGACAGUUGUUUAUUUCAUGCACUAUGAUUUAAGGUAUAUUUGGUCAAAUGUCAUAAUCAGCAAAAGGGAUUUUUAAAAGAAACUCCAAAGUUAAUAGAUGAACACUAAACAGUGAUCUAAAUAAUGGUAUUGGAGAACUUGUUUCCUGCUAUUUGAAAGAAAUUAUUGCUUCAUUGCUAGUUUAUAUUUCUAAUUUAUCUUCUAUAGUCAUAGGCUCUGCUGUGCUUUGUACCUGAAUUUCUAAACACAGACUUUAGUUUACUGUGUGCUUGCAUAUUUAUUUUCAACCUUGUCUUUAAAAUUCCUUGAGGAAAGAUGGUUGUAAUUUCUGCCACAGAAAAGCCACCUGGUACAUUUUAUCUCAAGUUUGUUUUAAAUUCUGAACUAUAACUUUAUUCAGGAGAGGCUUUUGCAAGGAUGGCAGAGAAGUGUACAAACGGUUAGUUACAGGGGUUCUUCCAAUGAACUUGCCAUUUGAUGAUACGUACAGCUGUACACUUGAGUCUUUUCCAGUUUAUUUGCGUAGACUAGCAGUUUGACCGUGAAACAGUACUGGUUCACUUCAGGAAACUAAGGUUGCUACUUGCACUUGGAGGCAUCUGUUAUUCAGUGUAUCUUUUGAGUGGGUAUUUGGCACAAUAAGGAUGAACUUGUGUGACCCACUUGAAUGACUGAUCUAAUAAUGUUGACAUUAUGAAUCCUGUACUUAGUGAAAUGUCAGAUGAAGAAGACUGGUGAUUGAAUAAAGUUUUUUUUGUAUUAAAGGAAUGGGAAAAGAAUACAUAAAUCUGUUAAUAAAGCACUAUGAUCUGCAAAAGAUGAAAUGUUUCGUAAAGAUCUAAGGAAAUAAAGGAAAUUUAAAGGAAAAA